AUGUCUUGGAACGCCUACACUGACAGUCUCACCGGCACCGGCAAAAUCGACAAGGCUGCCAUUUAUUCCGUCGCCGGCGACUCUCUUUGGGCCGAGUCCGGCGCCUUCCAAAUCGCUCCGCAAGAAAUCACAGCCAUUGCCGGGGGUUACAAUGACCCUUCGCAAUUGCAGGCCCACGGUCUCCACGUCGAGGGCCAGAAGUAUUUCUUGUUGAGAGCAGACGAGAGAUCCAUCUAUGGAAAGCAGGAAGAUACCGGAAUUGUUGCUGUCAAGACUAAGCAGGCCAUCUUGAUUGCCCAUUACCCAUCAGGUGUUCAGGCACCAGAGGCCACCACUGUUGUGGAGAAGUUGGCUGACUAUUUGAUCAGUCUGGGCUACUAA